AUGAGAAAAGUUCAGUUACUUAUAGACAAAGGAAUUGCUGUAAACCAGGUUGGUAGUAGUCUAUAUACACCUCUGACAGCUGCCUGUAGAGAAGGAAAUGAGAAGAUAGUACAGUUACUUAUACACAAAGGAAUUGAUGUUAACCAGGUUGAUGAAAUGGGAGAGACACCUCUGACAACUGCUUGUAAUAAAGGAAAUGAGAAGAUAAUGCAGUUACUGAUAGACAAGGAAAGUAAUAUUAAUCAUAUGGAUGAUAAAGAGCAGAUAUCUCUGACAGCAGUGUGUGGGGAAAGACAUGAGGUGAAAGUACAGUUACCUAUAGACAAAGGAGUUGAUGAUAUUUGA